CGCCUUAUUCCUCCACAGAACGCUGCACAAGGGCAGUGAAACGUCAAGAAACACCUGACGAAACAUGGGGUCUGUUUGAUGUGAACAUCAGGUACACAAGAGACACAUAUGAAGAGGCUCGCCAUAAGCUUCCUAUGGCUGUGGUUCAAUCUGAUCUGCAGACAGAAGAGGAGGAGGAUGACCGUCCUGCAUACAUGAAGAGAAAAGGAAGGGGCAGAAAUACACAAAUAUUCAGUGACACUGAAAGUGAGGAUGAACCAAGUGCCAAGUUUCCACGGAAGGACCGGUCAGUCACCUCUAAAGGUUUGCCACCUGCACCUGUCAUUAGACCUCCAGAGGACAGAAGAGAGACACCUGGGACCUCCAAUACACAAACAAGGACUGAGCCAAACAUUCAACAGCAGCUAUGCGAUCCUAUUCUUCGUGAGAUAUUAACUUCAAUGGAGAUACUUAAACAGCAGCAAAGGCAGAUUUUGCUGCAGCUUCAAAAGCUCCAGACAAAUGCAUCAAAUUUGGAUGAAGUUCCAGAUUUGACCGACCUUCGACUUCCAAUGUCCUUGCUGGAAGAUUUGAAGAGAGUUGAGGGACAACUUUCAGACCAAGGCAUAAAAAAGAACUUGACAGCAUAUUUGGGACUGUCUGGAGGGAUGACCACCAAGGAGAAUGUGUGGAGAAUCCUCGCAAAGCUCCUUACAAAUGCCCUGGCCAUGAAAAUUAAUUGGAGAGGGGCCAAUGGGAAACAGGCCUUUGAACCUCUUGCCUUAAAAAGUGUUGUCAUCGUUACAGCCACCAUUUGA